UAUCCGAUAAUGUGAAAAAAAUGUUUUUCUCGUUCCCGUAGGGCUACAGAACUACAGUAUAGUUUUCGUCGGUUUUCGUUCUCGCGUCGUUGUUCGCGCUCAACCGCGCGUUAUCCGACGACAGCCGCCGCUGACGCUGCCGCCGCCGCCGCCGCCGCCGACUACGACGACGACGACGACGACGACGAUCAUCGCCGCGACAACGACGGCGACGCCUCGCUCCCGAGUGUGCCGACAUUUUCCGUUCUCCAGCCGCUUGAUCUUCGCGCCCAUUCGCCAUGUAAGAAGGAACCUCCGGUCAAAAGGCUCCUCGGCGUAACGGAUAUCGUCUCACCGACUACCCAUCCCGCCCGAUUCCCGGAGCCAGAGCGUUCCCUGCUUGUUCACCGCCGAAUAUUAUGCGUUUUGGCUCGACCGCAGUCGCCGUCGAUCAAACACAGAGAAAUGGACAAUGACAAAUCAAAGAUGUCUAAGACAUUGUUAGAUAAAUCUGACGAAAUGGACAUAGAUGAAGAUCCUAGUUCUGAUGAUGAUGUUGACAAUGGUGCUCCUAUGUUAAAUGAUGACGACGAUGACGAUGAUGAAGACGAUGAUGAUGAUGAUAAUGAAGAUAUGGAUGACGAUCCAGAUUAUCAAGAAGAAGAUUGUUCACGUAUUUCUACAGAAGCAGCUUCUAUAUCAGUAGAUGAAACUUCUUCUAAUCAAACACCAAUUGACAUUGUUGUGAAGACAGAUGAAGGUAAUUUCGAAGAAACAACAUCAUGUUCACCCAUCAGAAGUGCUGUUACACCUAUGACAUCUUAUGAUAGCCCUUUACAAAUGAAAAAAUUGAAUUUAAAAAUUAAAAGAUGGAGAAGGGAGGAUGCUGAAGGUAAAUCUCCAAAUGUUUCCCGAACUGAUGAAAAUACUCCUCCUACUUCAUCAUCAGUCGAUCCUACUAAUGAUGAUAGAAGUGUAUUAUAUCAAGAGACCUGGCCAGGAAAAGUAUGUGCAUUUUGUAAUUUAGGAGAACGAAGUCAACUUGGACAAGGAUCUCUUCUAAGGUUAGACUGGGAAAAAGAUUUUAAGUCAACAUUGGAUGAUUUUAUUAAGCAAUUAGUUACUAAACAAUUAACUCCGAUGCCAUUACAAUCACCAACUACUGAAAUGGCACCAAUAAUACAGUAUAGAAGGCAAAAAUCUGCUGCUAAAUUUAAACAACAACAAUUUUCAACCUGUAGUUUUGAACCCGUGGAUGAGCUUAGCGUUAUUGGGCAUUUGGAUGUUCCUGAUUUGAACAUGAUAUAUGAACAAUUUGAAUCAAAUGGUUAUGUUUAUGUACAUCAGUUUUGCGCUACCUGGACUCAAGGUGUAAAAUGUGAUACAUCUGAUUCAUUGGAAAAUGUGCCUGAACUUAUCUUAGAGAGCUUAAUGCGACGGUGCUCUUACUGUGGUCACUUAGGCGCCAGUGCUCCAUGUACAUACACUAAUUGUUUGAAAUUUUUUCACUAUCCUUGUAUUUUUGCUUCUGCUUCGUUUCAAGAGAUGAGUGUACCAGCUUUAAUAUGCAAUUCUCAUCUUGAUCAUGUUCCUUUAAUGGAACUUUCUGCUAACGUUGCUUGUGGUAUUUGCUCGACUCUUGGAGAUGUUUCUAAUUUAAUGAUGUGUACAGCAUGUGGUAGCCACUACCACGGUGUUUGUCUUGGAUUAGCUCUACUUCCAGGAGUACGAGCUGGAUGGCAAUGUGGUAAUUGUCGAAUUUGCCAAGUUUGUCGGCAACCAGCCGAACAGACUAAGGUUAUGUUAUGUGAAGGUUGUGAUAAAGCCUAUCAUCCUGGAUGUUUAAGACCUCAAGUGACAACUAUACCUAAAAUUGGAUGGAAAUGCAAAUGCUGUCGUGUAUGCACUGACUGUGGUUCUCGUACCCCAGGUGCUGGGCUAUCUUCUCGGUGGCAUGCCCAUUACACGGUUUGUGAUUCUUGUUAUCAGCAACGUAAUAAAGGUUCUUCAUGUCCACUUUGUCAUCGAGCUUAUCGAGCUGCCGCUCAUCGAGAAAUGGUUCAAUGUAUCUCAUGUCGAAAAUACAUUCAUGGUGCUUGUGAUCCAGAGGCUGAGUAUAUAACUAGCCAUAGCAAAAGUUCAGCAUCUGAGUACAUGUGUCCUUUAUGUAAAAAUGCUGUACAACAACGUCGAGAUGGAUAUGAAGAAUUUGGAGACUCUAAUAGUUCAAUAGAUGUUUAUCAACCUGAGCAUGACUUAGAGUUUAAGAGCAAUAAAGAUUUUGACGAUGGUCGAGUGGGUGGCUAUGGUUUGGGUAAAGGAAAACCAUAUGCUGCAUGUAAAGUAGCUAAGAAACGUUUGCUUUCUGGAUAUGCUGGCCGUGCUAAAGGUUUAGGAAAACUUACUGCCGCAUUAAAACCCAUGUACCAGAAAAAAGGACAACGCCUCGUUGAGUUUCCUAGAAAGAGACCUCGAGGAAGAAUGCGAGGCAUUUUUGGUGUACCUGGUCUUGGAUUACAAAGGCCUUUGUCUGAUGUAAGCUCCAAAAAUUCUUCAAACGACAUUGACCCCAACAAUGAAAAUCGAAUUGUUUUAUGCUCUGCUAAAGAUAAAUUUGUACUUGGUCAAGAUAUAUGUGUUAUGUGUGGAUCUUUAGGUACAGAUCAAGAAGCAUGUCUUAUUUCUUGUUCUCAGUGUGGUCAGUGCUAUCACCCUUUUUGUGUUAAUGUUAAAGUAACCAAAGUUAUACUUCAAAAAGGAUGGAGAUGCUUGGAUUGUACAGUUUGUGAAGGGUGUGGUCAACGUAAUGAUGAGUCCAGACUUAUACUUUGUGAUGAAUGUGAUAUUUCUUACCAUAUUUAUUGUACUGAUCCAAAACUUGAUUAUGUCCCCAGAGGAACUUGGAAAUGCAAGUGGUGUGCUCAAUGCUUGACAUGUGGUUCAAAUGAUCCAGGCUUCAAUUGUUCCUGGUUGAAUAAUUAUACUGAAUGUGGACCUUGUGCUUCUCGUAGUAUUUGUCCAUCAUGUCAAGAAUCAUAUACUGAUAAUCAAUUGAUAAUUAAAUGUUCACAGUGUGAUAGAUGGCUUCAUGGAAAAUGUGAUAAAAUCGAAAAUGAAGACGAUGCAGAAAAAUGUGCAGAAGACGGAUAUAGUUGCUUACUAUGUCGUCCUCGUGGGACAGUUCCAGCACAUUUAGCACAUGUCUCAAGUCCUAAAAUCAAACAGAAAAUGUCAUCACGUGAUAAUAGUCCAGAUGCAACUAAAGGGAUAGUAAAUGAAUACUGUAUGGAUGGCAUUUAUUUAUCUGAAUCAGGUGUUCAACAUAUGAAGGUUCUAACCAGUGGUAUAGAAAUAUCACAUCAACGUAAAAAGCGAAAAGAUUUGAAAAAAGCACAAAUGGAAAAAGAAGCUGCUAUUAUGGCAGCUAUUGAAUCUGUUGUGUGUAAUAGUAGAGAUACUAUUAAUGAUUCUUUAGACCACGAUGAUGCUUAUAAAAUGGAUUUUGAUGAUAUAAAGGAAGAACCAAGUGAACCAGAACCUAUUUAUAAAGAAGGGAUGGUAGUACAGCCACGUGAUGAUGGUCGACCUCCUGAACCACCAGAAGGUUUUAGUAUUUUGACAUUAGAAACAGGUGUAAUGGUUCUGCGUCGAAAACGAGUUAGAAAUCUUCAAAAAUUAGGUAUUGGGGGAUUUGUUGUUAGAGGACGUAUGCCCCGAACUAAAGACAAAGAUGAGGAAAAUACUCAGGAUGGUGAUGGUGAAGACAAUAAACCAAGGCGAAAACCAAAUCGAUGGAAAAAACCAAAGAGUAAAAUUGCUGAAAAUUACCCUAAUUAUAUACAAGAUGCAUUUUUUGGUCGUGAUUUGUUGGAUGCUUGCAAUGUUGCGGCACAGAUUUUGGACAGUAGCGAGUCUGAAGAAGUAGAAGAAAAAGAUGAAGAUAUUAAAACAAUUGAACUUUCUCAGGCUGAAUUAAAAAUUAUGGAAGACAUUAAAGCUAAACAACAAACAAAAGAGGAAGUGAUAAAAACAUGCAUGAAUAUUAAGGAAGAGAUAAUUGAACUCAACGAACAACCAAAAGUUGUUGAAAAGAAAAAAGAAACACCUACUACAAAUGAGAACGAUACACUUAAAGAUAUUUUGCUGUCUGAUAAUUUAUUAGAUUCCAUUAUGAAUGAACAAAGUAGAAAUAUUAAGACAGAAAUGGAAGAUAAUGGCUUGGUAGUGGAAGAACCCGACAUGAGUGAAACCAACACUUCAGCUCAAAAAGAUGAAUUUAGUGAAAUUCUAGGUUCCCACUUUAAUCUUGAUUCUAUGGUCAGAGAGACAGGCUUACCAAAUAUGGAUAGUAAAGAUGUAGAAGAGAUUUUCAAAGUAGUUUUAACUGAUGAUGCUUCACAAGAAGAAUCUCAAGAUCCAAAUAGCUCAAAUAUGUUAUUAAUAAGUAAUAAUAAUAUGGGUACCAUACCUCAAGCCCAAAAUGGAGCAGUUAUGGCUCAAAAUCAAAACCAUCCUCCAAUAAUGUCUCCAUCUCGUACAGGUGUUCCAACUAAUAUGUCUCGUGGAAAAGUACCAGCUCCAGCAUUACCACCUGUAGUAACCAAUAUGAAUUCUCCUAUCUAUCCAGCAAUGUCUCCAUAUCAUUCUGAAUACAGCAAUAGUCCAUCUCAGUUCAGUCCAGCAUUUUCUGAACCUCACAGUCCUUGGGUACAAAAUAGCGGUGGUGAAGAUAGCUUAGAAGGCGUAGGUUCUCAGUCAUCAGCUAUAAAUACCAGUCAAAGAAAUUCUCAAAAAAUGGAAGCAGAUGAAGCUCUGGGACCUAAAGCUUCAAUAUCAGCUGUACUUUACGCUAAUGUUACCCAUCCUGAAUGGAAAACCGAAUUUCCUUCUUGGCCUGAAAGAUCAAGACAAAUAUUAAAAAAGUGGAGAACAUUGUCUCCAGAACAAAAAAGCCCAUUUUUGUUAAAAGCAAGAGAAAAUAGAACUAAUCUGAGACAGAAAAAAGCGCAACAGGCCGCGAAGGAAGACAGUACCAGUGGAGACAACCGGACCAGUUCAACAUCUAGUGCUACCCAGAGUCCGACGAUUAACAAUGGAGAGGAUCAAGAUAAAAUGAUAUCUCAACAGAGAUCUCGUGAAGCUGAAAAUGAACGUCAAUGGAAACAGUUACAAGCAAUGCGACAACAACAGGCACAAGCUGCUCAACAGCAGCAAGUAAUGCAAGACCAACGUACUCAAGGAGUAUAUCAAAGAGUACCAGUUCAUCAAAGAAAUCUUUCUAUUGAUACCAAUCAAUUUACUAAUUCUGAUCAACAAGUGUUGGUUCAUACGCCAAAUUUAGCUACUCAGUUACAAGUUUCUACUAAUCAGGAUGGUUCUUUAACUCCCUUACAAAGUCCUAGUAGUGUAAGUUCUCAACAGCAAUCUAGAUCACCAUAUCCUUCACCUGUCUUGAAAGUGACCAGAGUUGUGAGUCCUGCUUCAGCAUCACCAUCACCUCAAUACACACGUUCACAAUCAACACCAGGACCAACAGACUUGUUUAGUCCACCAAUAUCUUCAACUUCUGUAGUUCAACAACCAAGAAAUGUUCAUUUUAAUCCUACAUCUCCUCGAGGUAGAGAUGAUGUAUUUUCGUCACCUCAAGCUAAUCAAGAAAUGACAAGACAUUUGAGGGAAUUACUUCAAAGACAGCAGUUUAAAAAAGAAACACCGGCCGAUCAGCGUAUGUGGAAUACAGAAGAUACACCAAAUCAAGAAAUAACAUCUCAAAAUGUUCUACCAAAUCAAGAUUUUGAAACCCCAGCUUCUGGACCAACUUUUCGCCAGCCUUUACCUCCAAGUGCUGUUAAGACUCAACGUAUGCCUUUCCAACCAAUGGUUACUCCAAAUGCUCAAAUGGUCAUUCGGCAACGAGUUCAAGAUCAAAAAUUCCAAUUAUCUGAUCCUCGGUUUCGGUUGUUAAUACAACAACAACGAUCUACUACUACUGGUGCAAUUAUUAAUAAUAACAUGAAUGCCCAACAAUUUGUAUCUGGUAUUAAAAAUCCAAUUACUCAACAAGCAUUGACACAACAAAAUACUAGGCCUUACGAAAUAAUGCAACAACAACAACAGCAGCAGCAGCAGCAACAGCAACAGCAACAGCUGCAACAACAACAACAACAACAACAACAACAACAACAACAACAACAACAACAUCAACAACAACAACAACAACAACAACAACAGCAACAGCUGCAACAACAGCAACACCAACAACAACAUCAACAGCUGCAGCAACAGCAACAUCAACAAUCAUUUUCAGUUGUAGAAAGAUCUGAAAGCUUAGAUCAGAAAUACCAAGCUCCAAUUAAUGAAGUUUCAUCAAUAAUAAAUGAUCCUAGUUCAAUGUCCCAAUCUUUAGUUGGUCAAAAUGUAUCUGUUGGUAGACAUAGUGAUAUAUUACAGCACCAGUCUCAGCAAAAUUCUAUUAAUGGUGCUGAUAAUGUAGACAGUAGAAGUGAAGAAAUUACAGAUAGUGUUAGGGAUGAAUUGGAAAAACUACAACAAGAAGGAGAUCCAAACAAUAUUGGUGAAGUUGAUGGAGUCAAUGCCCUUUUGGGUGAUUUAGACGAUGAUGACGAACUCUUAGCUGAAAUGGGAGCUGACUUUAAUAUACUGGAAUAUGCUGAUCCAGAACUUGACAACCUAGAUUGUGGUAACAAAACCAAUAUCUUAUAUGAUCUUGUUGAUGAUGAGGAAUCUAACAAGAGUGCUCAUAACAAAACUGUACCAAACGAUAAAUCUUCAGUAGAAAUCGAAACAAAACAACCGAAGGAAGAAGUGGAUGAUCUACAAAGAUUAAGUAGUCUGAAUCAUAGAAAAGAGCAAAAUAGUGUAGCAGUUUUAGGGAUUGAAAAGUUUGAACAAGAUAUUAUUCAUUCUCCAAAACUUGAAACUUCUCAAAAUGUUAACGCACAAAUUGUUCAAGAUAACCAAAUAGGCAAUGUAAUGCAGAACAGAGAAAAUAAUUUGAAUUUCAUGUCAAAUUUUUCUGGAGAAAAUCAAACACCUAAAAUGUCACCAAUUGGACAAGUCUCUAUUCAGCAACAGCAGCGACUAAUUCAAAUGCAGCGUACAGUUGUGCCUAAUCGCAUGAUAGGUUCUCAGCAGAUUAUACAACAAGGAACGGUUCAACAAACCCGACAGUUGGCUCCACCUCCACCUUACCCAGGACCUCCUCCGCCAUACCCUGGACAACAUCAGGUCCGUAUGAGGGCUCCUUUACCACACACUGACAUGGUACUACCACACAGUCUUAUGGGCGUUCAAAUGCAGAGAAGACCAUUGUUGCUUCAGGAACAGCCCUUAUUAUUAGAAGAUCUUUUGGAACAAGAAAAACGGGAACAAGAGAAACGACAAAAUAUUGAUUCAUCAGGUGUUAAUAGUAAUGUUUCAUCUACGGGUUCUUCACUCCCUGGUUUAAUGAGUGAUGCUGAUUUUGAACUUCUGCGAGCCGAUGUUAUGAAUUCUUCUGCUAGUGGUACUGCUAUUGCAUCACCACCUAUAAUUCAACAAAGUGGUACAGGAGUUGUACAACAACAACAAGUCAGUGAUCAAAUACAUAUGCAAAGGCCUACAUUUUUGCAAAGGCCCACAUCUCAGCCUGUACAAAACUGGUCACAACCCCAGCAAUUACCUAGUCAAUCUCCAGCAAGACAACAAUUUACUGAUCAAUCUAUAAAAGUUCCAAUUUUUAAUGCUCCGGUAUUAACACCACCAGCACAACCACCCGAAGUCAUAGCUACAGAACAAGAUCGUCAAACACAACAUACAUAUGAAGUAUGGCUUAAUGAACAAAGUAAUAAUAUAACUAAGCAAUUGAAAUAUUACGAGAGCGAAGUUCAGAAGUUAAGAAAAAUGAGAAAGAGCAUGAAUAGUAAACAACGUGUCGCUAGAAAACAAGGUAAUGAGCUAUCAGAACAUGACUCUCUAGAAUUCCAACGUGUUACUUCAGAACAGCAAGCUGUGCAAAAAUUAUUGGAUUCAAGUCGUAAGCAAAAUAAACAGCAUAUGGCUAUUAUACAGGAGUAUAAAAAUAAACAUCGUUCAACGACUGCAGAAAGUCCACAGUCUCCAAGUGUAAUGAUGUCUCCAAAUUCAACUGUUGGGUCUAUUCAACAUCAACAAAACUCAAUGUCUCCACACAAUAGUAUUUCCACUCCUUUAUCUCAAACUGAAGAAAACCCGUUCAGUCCAAACCAACAGUCUCCAUUACCAUCACCUAGAUCUAACCUGCCUUCACCUCAGCUGCGUAAUCCUGGCCAGUCGAGUCCAAGGCAAGUGAUUGUAAAUCCAAACACACAAGACCAACUAACAAGGCAUGCAGGAAUGACUCCUAUAAGAUUUGUGCGUUCACCAGAUGGCUUAACAUUAAGAGCACGUCCAACACUCGUGUCUCUUCAGAGUCAUAUGCCAUCUGUGAAUACUUCAAACACAUAUCAGGGCGCAAAGGUGACAAAUGUCACAAUAAGCCAAGGAUCCCAAAUUCAACAACCUCAGCAGAUACAACGACUAACAUUCCAACAAUUAACUCCUCAACAGCAACAGUUGCUUUUACAGAGGAAGCUCACCCAAAAACAUUUGAAACCAAAAAUAGGGUAUAAGGAUCAACAUUUAAAAUGUAUACAACCUCAAAAUCCGUGGAUAAAAUGUGGUAAAGAUGUAACAAAACUACCGGCUACUAAAUAA